AUGACGGCUGAACGGAGCGCAGGUUGGGAGACACACAGGGUGCGUCUAAACAGAGUGCCGGGCUAUGGAUUCGGUAUCGCAGUGUCGGGCGGUCGGGACAAUCCUCAUUUCGCCAGCGGGGACCCUUCUAUUGCGGUGUCCGAUGUACUUCGAGGCGGACCCGCUGAAGACAAGCUACAAGUAAACGAUCGAAUAGUGUCGGUAAACGGGGUACCCUUAGAAAAUGUGGAAUAUGCACGGGCGGUGCAAGUGCUGCGAGAUUCAGGAGCUGCCGUUUCGUUAGUGGUGCGGAGACGAGCGCCAGCCCCACCACCUACUGCUCCUACUACCAUAAAACUUUCCCUCACGAGGAAUGGAAAGAAAGAAGAUUUCGGAAUAGUCUUAGGAUGCAAAUUAUAUGUCAAAGAGCUCACAAUGAGGGCAAGAGAACAACUGAAUCAAGCAGGCCAGGGUCUUUGCGAAGGUGAUGUGGUUACUCGGAUCAACAACACACCGGUGACAGACGCCAUGACACUGAAAGAAGCGAAGAAACUGGUCGAGUCCUGCAAGGACCGGCUAAACCUGGUCGUCACAAGGGAGUUGAUCAGGGAGGAGACUGUGACCAAUGGAAAUUAUCAGAAUAAUUACAACAGUCUAGAGGCGUCGCCGCACACGUACGGGGCGGAGUCUCUGUCCCGCCGCGCCCCCCCACCUCCCCGCAGUGACGAUUAUUACUCUAGUCGACGACAACUGUACGAAGAAGAUGGAAUGACAAAUCAAAGGAACAAACCACCGAGUGAGCCGCGACUAAUAAGCUUUCAAAAGGAGGGCUCAGUCGGGCUGCGUCUUUGCGGCGGUAAUCGAUCCGGGGUCUUCGUGUCCGGGGUCCAGCCGACGAGCCCCGCUGCACUGCAGGGGUUACAGCCUGCCGAUAAAAUUCUUAAAGUAAACGACAUGGAAAUGAAGGGCGUGACACGGGAAGAAGCGGUGCUGUUUCUACUGAGCCUACAGGAGCGGAUCGACCUCAUUGUGCAGCAUUCACCGGAAGAAUAUAACGCAGUGGCCAGCGGACAAACACCGGGCGACUCGUUCCACAUAAAGACACACUUCCACUACACGGAGCCGCGCGACGGCGAGAUGUCGUUCCGCAGCGGCGACGUGUUCCACGUCGUGGACACGCUGCACAACGGCACGGUCGGCGCCUGGCAGGUCUACAGGAUAGGUCGCAGCAAUCAAGAAGUGCAAAAGGGCAUAAUACCCAACAAAGCGCGCGCAGAGGAGUUGGCAACAGCGCAGUUCAACGCCACCAAGAAGGAGAUGUCUGGCAACGAUGGCAAGCACUACUUCUUUCGACGACGUCGUUCUACACAUCGGCGGACUAAGAGUCUAGGAAAGGAGCACUGGGACGAGGUGGUGCUGUCGGACAGCAUCAGCCGGUUCGCGGCGUACGAGCGCGUUGCGCUGCGUGCGGCGGGCUUCGUGCGGCCCGUCGUGCUGCUGGGCGCCGCCGCCGACCUGGCGCGCGACCGCCUGCUGCAAGACCACCCCGACUCCUUCGCCACGCCCAAAAUGGACAGCGCAUUAGAAGACAGUAAAACAAAAUCAUCGGGCAUUAUUAGGCUCUCAAGCAUCAGGAGCAUAAUGGAGCGAGGGAAGCACGCACUACUCGACAUUACUCCCAACGCGGUGGAUCGACUAAACUAUGCUCAGUUUUACCCCAUCGUGAUAUUCUUGAAGGCCGACAAUAAGCAUAUUAUCAAGCAGUUGAGGGCCGGGCUGCCUAAAUCGGCGCACAAAUCAUCGAAGAAGCUGUUAGAACAAUGUCAGCAUAUGGAGCGAGUAUGGGGACACGUAUUUACACACACUAUUACGCUCAGCGAGGCCAACCUGAAUACCUGGUUCAGUAAGCUUGUCGAACUCAUACAGAGGACCGACCAACAGAAGUUUUGGGUAUCAGAGACCAAGCACGUUGAAAUGGUGUCGGAUAUAUACUUCCCAAUCCCCCCGUCUCCUUACCCAGCCUUCUACCCAAUCUCCUCUCCUAUCACCUACUACGGCCAAUCCCAAUCUCCUCAAAGAACGAUCCGUUCGCCACAAAACAUGCCUUUAUCUAACUCUAACAUAACAAGCACUAAACGUCACGAUCAAGUGUAUGACGCCAACAGAAAUCACGUGGUCCCAUACUACUACUCCGAAACUCUAACGCCAUGCAUGCCUAACAAUGUCUACAGCGUUCCUAACCCUUACCUUAGCAACAGAAAUAGGCACACAUUUGCUAGCUAUCCAUAUGACGAGAGACAGAAGUACUAUCAAAGAAUGAAGAAUGCUAGGAUGAAUAACUCCGUCAAUGUUAGCCCUGAGGUGGCUUAUGGUCAUACAAAAAGUAAUUUACCAAAGCCUCAGCCGUUCAGACCGUACAGCGUUCUAGAAAAUUCUUUCAAAUUACCUGUAACUAAUUCUCAAAGAGCGACCUCUGUCAUGCCAGUAACGGAACAAUUCCGACCAGCGUCUGUAUUUUUCCAAAAUGAACCGGAAAAGACCGACGACAUACCAGAGUGGAAAACGCAUCUCAAAAGAGAUGUGCCAAUACCUGUAAAAGGUUUGGACAAACCUUUAAAGCCGAUAUGCAAAAUACCAAAUUGCAAUUGUAAUGGAAAACAGAUUGUCAAUCAAACUCGGUUCAGCGAAUCACGAACCUUGCCAUCAGUUUCUCCACGAUCUUUGCAGAGACAAAAGAACUUAUCUCUUCCUACGCUUAAGCUGGAUGAGUUUGAUAAAGAUGAAAGAAUUGAUACAACUGAGGCUGAAAGGGAUGUCCCUAGCGUUCUGAGUAAACCUAUUUCUGAGCAACAUUUGGGUCCUGAGAGUGAUUUGGAAGUAAGUCCGCCGCCUGCGCCCAGACUAGUCAAGUCUUCAUCGGAUCCAUCGAUUGCGACCACGCAAGACAAUAUGGACCGGGAUGACGACAUUAAUCACAUGGCCGAUGCUGUUCCUCCACCUUAUACGCAGGGUGGCUACGGAGACAGCAAAUAUGGCUUUUCAGCGAAUGGGAACGGCACGUCUAACAAUGGCAUGGGACAUAAUAAUCAGGGCGGUCACAACAUGGGACCCAGUUCUAUCGAAGCUCCGCCCUAUCAGUGCAGUCCCAUGACACAUUCGCCGCCGCACUCGCCCCUUUAUGGAACCGUGCCGGAGCUACCGCCGCGCGGGCCGGCGGCGCGGCCGACGGGCGGCGUGCUGCUCCCCGCGCCGCCCCCCGCACGCCCCCCGCACGCGCUGCGCCACAACACGCCUAAUCGUCCAAGCGCACAAGAGCGAUUAUUCGGUCCCCCCAACUCAACAACUAACUCUGGAGAUGACACUGCGACGUACACCGCACGACCUACAAGCAUGAUAAUUCAACAGACGCAGGGACAAGGAUCGCUAGAUCGACUUCGACACGGCUCCAAUCCGCAAAGUUCAUACGACGGCACGGGAGGUUACGACUACAGUGCGUCUAACACUGGCUCGUCACUCGGCUCGUGCCGUUUGCCGCCCAACGCGCCUGAUGACCUCAAGGUGGCGCCGCCCGGUAAAAUGGAACCACCGCCGCCCCCGAACCCUACAGCGAUGUCGGCGCAAAGUCCACAGCGUAACUCAAACUCACACGACCACUCAUCACUCGACUACCGAGGACCCGAAAAUAAUUACAGUUCCAACAGAUGCAAUGAUGGCUACCGCAGCGGGCGUCCCACCAACGACAGCAGUCCGCACACACAGCAACACAACCAACAGCACACCGCCCAGCACGGUCCGCAGCAUGCUCCUCAACACGGGCCCAUGCACGCUCGCGGACCUUCGUUGCCUAAUGUACCCACCAAUGACCACGCUAAAUACAGUGCACGCACAAACUCGGCGUCGCAAGCUGACUACCAGCGCAACUCGGGCCCCGCGUACAAGCCCGUGCCGCCUCCCAAACCGAAGCACUAUCGACCGCCAGAUGCGAUGCAUCACACUCGCAAUGGGAGUAUGGAGCCCCCGCAGCCAGUUGGCAUGUCACAGCCCGCCCGCGCGGCCGCGCCGCCGCACUACUCGCACGCGCACUCCAUGUCGCAGCCGCACCCGCAGCACCCGCCGCACCCGCAGCAUUCACAGCAUCCGCAGCACUCGCAGCAUCCGCAGCACCCGCAGCUCCCACAGAUGCCGCAGCACCAGCAGCAGCACUCGCAGCCCGCGCAUCGACCGCACGCCCAUCCCAAUUAUCAGCAAGGGAUGUACGGUGGGCAGAUGCCGCCUCAGUCCCCGCCGUACUCGGGCCCGCCUUCGCACCAUCGGGCGAUCAACUUACCUCAUAACCCCCAACUCAUUGACCUAGCAGGUAGCAGAGAACAGCGUGGAUCGGCUUUCGAGUUGUACAGGAAACCUCAGCAUAUGCACAAUAUAAGCUCGUCCGAUGCGAUGAACUCGAGUGCAGAGCCCGACGGAACAUUUUCGCCCAAAACUAAAAAGAAAUUAUCUAAAAAGCCGUCGUUCAUAAAGAACGCUGUCCUUGAUCUGUUCCGCUCGAAGACGAAAUCUUCGAGAAAGGUGUCUCGUCAGAAGUCACUGUGCGAAAGUGACUUGCAGCAGAGACAGAUGCCUCAAAUGCCGAUACUUAGACGUGAGAAAUCUGAUCUCAGCGAUAUGAGCAUACACAUGAGGAACACACAGAUUAGAAAUCAAAUGUUGCACACGGGCAAUUCGUCCUCAUGUGAAAAACCUGUUCUGAAACCGAUUCUUAAAAGGCAGAGCUCGUUCUGUGACGAUAGAAACGGCUCUAUAUGUACGGUAAGAGAUUACGAAGCUAAACCUGUGUGGAAGAAUCUGCGAAGGCAGAAUUCGAUGUGUGAAAUUGAAACCGAACCCAAAGUUACCCCAUUGUUACGCAGACAAAAUUCCCUCAUAGAGUAUAAUAGGAGAGGAAUUUAUGGACAAACGUCCAACUAUAAUAUGAUUACCAAAAUAGAUCCCAUUUACCAAAGACAUCAACAAACAAAACAUGAACCAUUUUACCCCUCUCAAUCACUACCUCCAGAACCACUUUACCAAAGCAAAGAACAUAUAGUAUAUGACCCUAUACCUAAGCCGAGAAGGACUUACACUUCUCUAUAUGAUACCUCAAGUGAAAACGCUUACGCCAGUAGAUCAGAAGUUUCCAAUCAAAGUUUUGAGAAUCCUUAUGGAAAUCGUGAUACUAUAGCAAUGCCUCUUAUAGAUCCACCAUAUGCCUCUAGAACUGAAUGCAUUCGAGAUAAUCCUUAUACAACAAUAAAUGAUACCAUAGAAAGUCCAUACGUAACCAAACAAGACGUUAUAAAACAGUCUGAUUCGUUUUACAGUGAAUCUCCAUAUUCAAGUAAAGAACAAAUGUUAAGGUCUAGAAUAAUGUCUGAGAACCCUUAUUCUACUAAAGAAGAGAUGCUCCGACAGAGGUUUUCAGAAUCUCCUUACAAUACGAAAGAAGAAAUGCUAAAGCAAAGAAUAGAAAGUAAAGAAUCGUUCUACAGUAAGAGAACAUACGAACCACCGUCGAAUACGUCUUGGUCUGAAAGUUCUUAUAGCAAUAGACCAGAUAGAAUAUUACAAACGCCGAUAAACUUUCCGGGUCGCAUAUCACCUGUGAGUAAAUGUAUGAGUGAGCCUCCAUAUGCCACUAGAACAGAGAUGAUGGCAAGAAUUAGUCAGACAGAUUCACCUUAUACAUUACGAUCCGAAAUUAAAUCAAGUUCCUCUGAUAGCAAUUGUAGAAGUCGGCAAGAAAUGUGUGAUAUCAGGCAAGACAUAAGGCCAGCUUCAGCAGAAUGUACAUACGUUUCAAAACAGGAGAUAUUAACACAAAAAGCAGCUUUCCUGGCUAGCAAGGAAUCCACUUAUGGUGCUAAAUUAGAAGAGAAACUAGAAAUAAUAAAACAAAGAAACCAAGCAAAGAAAGACAUGAUUUAUCAGACUCGAAAAGAGGCAAAUGAAAGUGACACUAUAAAAGUAAGAGAACCAUUGUAUGUAUCUAAAAGAGAAUUAAAAGACACUGUUAUAUACGAAUCACAUAAUGAAGCAAAAGAAAUUUUGCCUUCUGAAAUUUCUCAAGGUAGCAGUGCUAGAAGUAGUCCAUAUGAAUUAAGUGAUGCAAAUCAUUUGUCCCGCCGAGAACCAUUAUACCAAACAAAAGCCGAGGCACAAAUUGCUAAAGAGACAGAUACGUUUCAAGAAAUUGACUUUUCAAAGUUAAGAUUAACCGAGUCAAAAACUGAUGCGGAAAAAGAAAAAUCUAAAGCAGAAAGUAAUGUUUUAAAAGGUGAACCUAUUUACGCCCCUAGACUGCACGGCAAAGACGAACAUAUUUCCAGUGCUUUGAAAGCCACCUCUUCUCCAAUUCCGUAUGAAUCUACCACAUCCAUGGAGACACAGUACGCUUCUGAGUGCAGUAUGAAUUUUGAAAAUAAGCCUCAAAGCACUCCGUAUGCCUCGCAAGAUUUGCAGGACAAAUCAUCAAAGUCGAACAGGACUGUUAAGUUUUGCGAGAGAAUUAUUGAGAAAAGCCCAGAGAAUAGUCAAGAUACGUCUGAAAAUAUGUCUACGAGUCGUAAUGAAACAACGAUCAUCAAUAACGAGAAUACAGUAAUUCAAACGUCAAUUUCGGACGGAAAUGAGAGUGGAAAUAAAACGACUGAGGUUGAACCAGAUGGCCCUCACACAACUUGGGGUAUUUUUGAUAGCGAGGGAGGUGUUCUAGAAGAUAGACAAUGGGGCGUGUCCCUUAUUAUACCGCCAAAAGCAAUCGCUCCGGGUAUCAAGCAAAAAAUCUACUUUACGGUGUCAGAUCCGCGACUGAGCCAGCGCGUUGGUGGACCUCCCAUCGAUAUGGAUAACGGUGAGGCGAUGCUGUCGCCGCUGGUGAUGUGUGGGCCGCAGGGGCUGGUGUUCCUGCGGCCUGUGACGCUGCGGCUGCCGCACUGCGCCAACGCCGUGCCGUCGCUGGGGCUCACCAUCAAGGCCACCGACACCGAGGCGCACCUCAGCACCGACUGGGACCAGAUACACCUGCCCGCCACCACCACCUUGAACACCGUCGCCGUCAAAGUCGACCACUUUUAA